CUCAAGACAUGGCUGCCCAGUGUGUCACGAAAGUAGAACUACAUGUUUCCUGUGACAACCUUUUGGAUACAGAUUUAACAUCAAAGUCGGACCCUUUAUGUGUGCUGUUUUUGAACACGAGUGGUCAACAGUGGUAUGAGGUUGAACGGACAGAAAGGAUUAAGAAUUCGUUGAGUCCCAAAUUUUCUAAGACAUUUAUUAUUGAUUACUACUUUGAAGUGGUUCAGAAAUUGAAAUUUGGAAUUUAUGACAUCGACAACAAAACUAUUGAGCUGAGUGAUGAUGACUUCUUAGGAGAAUUUGAAGUUACUCUUGGACAAAUUGUUUCCAGUAAGAAAUUAACUCGACCACUGGUGCUCAGAAAUGGCAGACCUGCAGGGAAAGGGACUAUUACGAUUUCAGCAGAAGAAAUCAAGGAUAACAGAGUGGUCUUGUUUGAAAUGGAAGCCAGAAAACUGGAUAAUAAGGAUCUGUUUGGAAAGUCAGAUCCAUACUUGGAGUUUCACAAGCAGACCUCAGAUGGCAACUGGCUGAUGGUUCACCGAACGGAGGUUAUCAAAAACAACCUGAAUCCUGUGUGGAAGCCUUUUAAAAUCUCUCUUAACUCUCUGUGCUAUGGAGAUAUGGACAAAACCAUUAAGGUAGAGUGUUAUGAUUAUGACAAUGAUGGAUCUCAUGAUCUUAUUGGAACAUUUCAAACCACCAUGACAAAACUCAAAGAAGCCUCCAGAAACUCACCUGUUGAAUAUGAAUGCAUAAAUGAAAAAAAGAGACAAAAGAAAAAAAGCUACAAGAAUUCAGGUGUUAUCAGUGUAAAGCACUGUGAGAUUACUGUAGAAUGCACAUUUCUUGACUACAUCAUGGGAGGGUGCCAGCUGAAUUUUACUGUGGGAGUGGACUUCACCGGCUCCAAUGGUGACCCCAGUUCUUCAGAUUCCCUGCAUUAUAUCAGCCCUAAUGGUGUUAAUGAGUACCUGACUGCCAUCUGGUCUGUGGGAUUGGUAAUUCAAGAUUAUGAUGCUGACAAGAUGUUUCCAGCUUUUGGCUUUGGAGCUCAGGUGCCUCCUCAGUGGCAGGUUUCUCAUGAAUUUCCAAUGAACUUCAACCCAUCUAAUCCCUACUGUAAUGGAAUCCAAGGCAUUAUAGAGGCUUAUCGGACCUGUCUUCCUCAGAUAAGACUCUAUGGACCAACUAAUUUUUCUCCAAUUAUAAAUCACGUGGCCAGGUUUGCAGCUGCAGCCACACAGCAGCAGACAGCAUCUCAAUACUUUGUGCUCUUGAUUAUCACUGAUGGCGUUAUCACAGACCUUGAUGAAACCAGACAUGCUAUCGUCAAUGCUUCCAAGCUGCCCAUGUCUAUCAUCAUUGUGGGAGUUGGGGGAGCUGACUUCAGUGCCAUGGAGUUUCUGGAUGGUGAUGGGGGAAGUCUCCGCUCCCCAUCAGGAGAGGUGGCCAUAAGAGAUAUUGUUCAGUUUGUGCCUUUCAGACAAUUCCAGAAUGCUCCAAAAGAAGCACUUGCUCAGUGUGUCUUGGCAGAGAUUCCCCAGCAGGUGGUGGGCUACUUCAACACAUACAAACUCCUUCCUCCCAAAAACCCAGCUGCGAAAUAGAAGGAGCCAGGAAAACUUCAGGAUUCAUAAGCUGUGUGGAGCAAUGCCAUCUCUUCCACAGAAUGAUAUAUCUACUUUAUGUGCAUUUCACUCCCAGUGUUCCUCAUAUAAACCCAACUUUUUAUAUGUGUUUUAUCUGUUUAAAGUAUACAUUUUAUAUUUUUUGAAGAGGACAGUAGCAAGUCCAUCUCUGAUCAAUAAAUUCAGUGAUUGUUAGUGAUUUAUAGAAAUUUUAAGAGUGCUAUUUGGAAUUGAAUUUGAUGUGGGAAAAGCAGGGAUUUGUUGGUUUGUUGUCUACUUUCUAUAAUGAAAAUGGCAUUUUUAAAUGUUGUCAGAGUGAGUGAAUAAUUAUAGGAUGAUGUGGUUUGCAGGUUGCUAUACUGUUUAUAGUAAAUAUUUUGUAAGCCAAAGCCUGUAUUUAUGACUGAGAGGGCUCCUUAAGACAAGUAGUACUAAAUUUGUACCUGUGACUCUGUAUUUGUCCCUUUUCCUGAUUCAAUGAUGCAUUAUACAAAACUGUUUUCACAUGAGUCUUCAUGAAAAACAAGGGGCUUACUCAGUUUUAAAAGUGUACAAUCAACCAGUGGAAAGAUAUUUGUAGAUAAUAUAUAUAUAUAUAUAUAUAUAUAUAUAUACACACACACACAUAUAUAUCCUUCUCAAGAACUCUGGUGCUGUUUGACAACUACUAGUUUUGUCAGCUUUAAAGCAGCAACCAAGGCUUCAGCUGCCUUCUCAGUUCUCUGUGCAAAAACUCAGGUCACAGGCCUCACUCUCCUAGAGCUCACACUAAGUCCAGACACAAUCUUGAUAGGUCAUCCCAGAAUCUACAUAACUAGGUCAGUAUAAGCUGACGAAGUGACUGAGAUGGCUUUGUCCAUUAAAGUUGUGAGGACCAAACAUUUAAGAUCAAAAUUUGCAAUUGUUGACUAAGCAUGGUGGCACAUCAUCCCAGUGCUUGAGAGGCAGAGGCAAAAGGGCCAUCAGAAGCCAGCCUGCCUUCAUAGAGAGUUCCAGGCCAGCCAGUUCACAGUAGAAUACCUUUCAAAACAACAAAGAAAAGCAAAUAAUUGAGAAAUCCAUUUCUUCUAUCUAAUGGCAUAAUUGGGAGAGAUCAUUUUUAUUCUUGCUAUGGCCCUGUGCAUUGAUUUUUUUUUUUAGAUAUUUUUGCCUUUUAAAAAUGAUAUUUUUGUUUUCUUUAAACAUAUAGUGUGAAUUAUUUAUUAAUCAAAAUUCCAUUUUCAUUUCAAUAAUGUACUGUUUCCUAAGUCCAGAAUGUAUUAUGUUAAGCAUAAAACCUGAUAGAACAUUUAAAAAGAAAAAGAAUACACAGAAACAAUACCCUUUCCUAACUGCUAUUUUUCGAUAGUGUGGAUUUAAUGUUUGUUUUGAAGAAUAGAGUUAUCUCAAUUUUACCCUUCAAAACAUACUGCUUCUUGACCACCAUAUUUUUGGAAUAGAUUCUGUAAUGUUUGCCUGAAACUAUGGAUGUCAAAUACUUUGCCUGUCUGUGAAGUGGCCAAUCAUCACUAACAAUUUAACAUUUAGAAUUGUGUAUUUGUCACAUAUUCUUAAGCGGAUGUCAGCACCAGUCAGCAUUCCUGUCAGUGUUACUGAGUCCCUCUGCUGCCACCUGUGGUUUUGUUUUCUGUCGGCUUCUCAGAAAAAGCUAGUCUGUGUAGUAAAAUGGCUGUAAUUCAUAAUACAUAAAGUAACCUGAGUUGAGCUGAGGUAUUCAGGCGUGAGUGUUUAUUGGUGUUGCAUGACAUGGCGGCUGUGUAGUUAGGACUGAACUACUGCACUGGGUGUGUCCUCAGAGCCAAGGCCUCAGUGAAGUUGAGUGAUAUAAUAUGGGUAAGCCCCACCAGAAACACCUCAGAUUCAUUACACAGUUGGUUUUGAAUUAAUUACUGCCCAUUGUGCAUUAGACAUUAGAAACCUUUUACUGGUGUCAGGUUUUUCAGUCAGUACAUGACUGCUUAUGGGGCCAUGGCCCACAGUUCAAGAACCUGGGCUCCACAGCAUGACUUAUUAGUAACAAAUCAGUUAUCAAUAGAAAAGACCAAUACAGAUUUUUUUCUUUUUGUUCUUUUACCUCUCUUUUGAAACCAUUAUUUUUUCACAUGUCUCAGUUCUCUGUGUUUGGGAAGAUGUCACAGUGGUUUUCAGGACUUUUCUUUGGCAUACAAAGGGAGCCAGCACAGAAAUGGCUUACAGAUUCUCGGUGCAUGUUAAACUGUAGCAGAGGGGCUUCUCUGGCUCUGAAGCAGGGCUCACUGGCUUGCUUAGCUCCAGAGGGACCUCAGAACUGCAAGCCCUUCAUGUUUUUAUCAGGCCUCUGUCAGCCAUCUUUCUGCCAUUUGGUCUUUAACAGUUUUAUAUUCCAGCUUACCAGAAUUAUUUUCUUUUAAAAUAGUUUUUCUUUAAAUGACUCAACUUGAUCAGGUUUUUAUAGAUAUGUUAUUUAUAAGGGCUGUGAUUCUGGCAAAUUAAUCCAUAUAUUACCUGCAGUUUGUAUAAGAGCAUUUACAACUUCUAAAUUGUCAUUUUAUAUAACUCUUAGUUUGUCAUUUUAUAUAACUCUUAGUUUCAGCACUCAACUUCAUUCCAUGCUGUUUAUAUUCAAAUAUUUAUUUUUCCUUGUUGUACCUCUAUUUGAACAAAUGCCAUUCAUUCUUAAAAUGGCAAUCUAAAAUGAAAAUCACCAAAUUGACUUUCAUUUCUCUGUAACCACAUAUGUGAACGGUCAUGCCAUGCAUAAACAUGAUUUCUCACAUGCAUGUAUUCAGAAAGUGUUCCCACUGGCUCAGUCUACUCAUUUUCUGUUUAUGAUGGAUGUUUUUUAAAAGGCCAUUAAAACUUUUAAGUCUUUUAAGGA